UGACGCUUGGGCUCAAAGUGGUUAACACGUCUGCGUUAACCACUGCGCGUCUGGGAAACCAGAGGUACGGGGUUCGAUUCCCCGCGGUGCCCGCCCUUCCUGCCAGGGUGAGAGGCAGGCGACGCCAUAUAGCCUCAGCAGCUGAGUGCGUCGUAAAGCUCCAAUUAAGACGCUCAAGACCUGCCUGCCUGAGCCUGCGGGUGCCUACCAAUGAGUGGACGUGCGCGAGGCCGAGGACGUGGCGAUUUCCUGUCCGGUGGCACAGAUGACCGGCGCCCACUGAGAAGGCCUGGUGAUGGCUUGGCAAACAUGCCUGAAGACUGGGCAGGCCUCAGAAGUCCAGGAGGUGCGAGCAUCACAACGGGAAACAGUGUCGAGUCAGAAGUGCAAAAACUAUCGAUCUCUGCGGAGCCAUCUGAAGAAGAGAUUGCUGCCAUGCUGCAAAGCUCAUCCAACGACGCCCAGCUACUGGCCACACUGCGCGAACUGCACGAGCGGGCGCUGGCGUGCCGGGCGGUGGGCGCCCGGCUAGCGGCGGCGGCCGGCCGGCUGCAGCGGGAGGCGCCCGAUGGCUCCCAUCUGCGUAACCUGCGCACCCAUAUGCUCAACUUCGUGCAGAGUAACUACAAACGCCGACACGACGACCGGCUGAUGUCGCCGGCCCGGUUCGCCGGCGCCGGCGGCCUCCUUUGCGAGGUGUUCCGGCACGUGCGGCUGGCGGACGGCGCCGUGGUGCUGGUGCUGGUGACGCCCAUCCUGGAGUACCUGACGGCGCUGCUGCACUGCCGUCAGGAGGAUCAGGUCAUGGCCGCAGCUCAGCUGUGCCGUGUGGGGGAGGAGCUUUGCCGCUGCAGCCCGGAGGGCGUGGCCGAGCUGGUCAACUCGAUCCGAGAGCGGCUCAUCUCGCCCGACUGCGGCCACGCGCUGCGUGCCGACUUCCUGCUCUGCGUGGAGCUGGCCGCCUGCCGCUGGACGGGCCUGUCGCGACACGCGCAGCACUUUUACGCCCACCACGGCGUCUCGCUCCCCGACCUCAGCGCCACCCAGCGCCAAUCCGCUGCACCCCCCAAGGCGCCUGUCGGUCCAAGUGAGGGGAAAAGAGGGGAGGACUGUUCAGUCGGCCGGGAGCCGCCGCGAUCGGCGGAUGUGUCCCGCAGCGGCAACGGGCGGCCCGAGGCGCAGCGGCAGACUGGAGUGCACCAGUGGGUACCGCUGCCGGACGAGGAUGGAUGGGACUGAUGUGGUCAGUGUCCAGUGUGCGUAAACCGCUAACCUGCAGGGUAUGCUUGAAGUAGCGGCGGGGACUGGGGGGCGGAGGUGAACAUGCUGCUGUCAGGUACCGCCGGUGGGCGUGCAUUUCUGGCUAGGCAGUGUUUCUUAACCGAUUUCUGAACCGUUUUGUUGUCUUUCAUGAGCAGGAGCCACUCAUGUCAUUAUAUUUAGUGACUUAUCUGAAACAAAUGCCAUUCACUGACGGAGUACAACAUUGGCCAAAAGUCUCGCCUUUUGCCAUGCAUUCCAAUCACGUAGGAGCGUGUUUAAGCGGUCAUAAAAAGGUUUUGGGGUAGGUGCUAGUGCAUCGUCAUGAAGUGGCAGUGUUUAGCAUUAGUGAUGUACAAUAGCUAGUUGUGCACGCGUAAUGACGGCGCCCAUGAUAACGCAUUUCAUGGCCAUGUGUAAAUUUCACCUGGUUUUAGUCGCUCAUUGUCGUGUGUUUCAAAAUACAAGAUAUG